CGCCAUUCCAGCCAGCGCGGGCGGAUGGGCAGCCGCCGCCGCCGCUUCUCCACCACAUCCAUACGAGUCAACCUCGCCCGGCGUAGCGUUGGCUGAGCCACAAUGGCUGUGCCGCUGCGGGGCCAGCGGGCCGCGGCGCUCCUACAUUUCCUCUGCUUCCUCUGGGCGGUUUUCGCCGUCAGCCAGAACGCGGGGUUUCCCAGGUCGGUCCGCAAGGAACCGGACGUCACCUACGGGGGCUCCUGGAAACACCUGACCUUCCUCAACCAGGUGGUUCUACAGACAAUCCUGUAUCUGUUAUGUGUCAUAUCUGAUACUGUAGCUCUGUGCAUGCCUUCAUUAGAGAAAAGAGUAUCAUCAUUGGUGGUGCCUCUCAGAGAUUUCAUCUUCUCUUCAUAUGUGUUUCCUAUUGGCUUAUUUGUACCUGUUGCUUUCUGGAGCCUUUACGUAUAUGACAGAGAACUAGUGUAUCCUUUACAGCUGGAUGACGUUAAUCCAAUUUGGCUUAAUCAUACUAUGCAUACCACCAUCCUCCCACUGCUUUUCAUAGAAUUGUUCAUUUGUGAUCAUAAGUAUCCCCGUAGAUGUAGAGGAAUUUUGGGACUUUGCGCCUUUGCAGUUGUAUACCUCUCAUGGAUAAUGUGGGUAAACCAUGCAAGUGGGAUUUGGGCAUAUCCAGUUUUAGGAGUGCUCAGUCCAUUAGGACGGGCAAUAUUUAUCUCCAUAUCUUUUCUUAUAAUGGUAAUCUUCUACUUCGUUGGGGAGCAACUAACAAAACGCUUGUGGGCAAAACGUAAAAGGAAAUGCACAUAGAGAAGAACCUGGGGAAAGUAUAAGGUCAUUAAAAGCGCAAGCUCACUUAUGGAACAGAGUGAAACUUUAAUCAAGAUAAAAGCAUUCGUAACAACCUCUUCUUAAA